ACAAACAACCAUACACACACUCAUUCAUACACCUAAGGGCAAUUUAGAGAGACCAAUUAACCUAACAGGCAUGUCUUUGGACUGUGGGAGGAAGUUUUAAAUAAAUUACCUGUUUUAUUUUCUAUCAAUAACUCUGUUCAUUUUUAGACCUCUCUCCUUCUCUGGGAUGUGGAGUCAUGAGUUUUCUCAACCACAUUAUCUUGAGUUUCUAGCAUCUACCAGAGAGUUUUUAGUGAAAUAGUGUAAACGACAUUUAGAGGCUACAUCUCAAAGCGCAGGAUUAAACAAUAGAAGCUGUGUUUAGCACCAACCAUCUGCCAGCCUCUCUGAACACAGGAAUAUGAAACUAUUUGCUUGGUUAAAAUAAUGCAGCUCUCCCUGCGUGACAGUUUCAUGUUUAGCUUUGAGCCUGAUGAGUCCUGUAACCAAACUUCUCCUUUCUUCCUGUUUGCUGUGGUGUCAGAGUGUCUCCUCUGUCUGUAUUUCAAGUUUUUCUCCAAACAAACCUUUUCCUCCUCUCUAUCUCCUGGUGUCACGGAGCAUCUCACAGUCUCUCCAUGUUGAUGUCUAACCUGAGUGUUUGUUGCUCUGCCAUGAAGUUUCACAGGAGCACCAGUUGACGAAUGUCUUUCGUUGACCUCUGGCAGCUGAGGAUUUACACUGACAGCUGGAGCAGCUUACAGCGGCCUGUAAUUAACACGAACAAUCGGGUCCCAUUUGUAAGAGCUAGGGAGCUAAUUGCAGCAGAGAUAAAGCUGAAACACAUGAAAUAACUGCAUCGCUCCUCUGCUUCCUGUGAAUUAGAGCGUUUGUUCUCAGAGGAGGGUUAAAAACAGGAAGUAUUUAUAGUUGUGCCUUUUGCCUGGGGUCUGUUUGGUGCUCUGCUGAUCUGCCAAGCAGAUAACCUGAAAACCAGAGAAGCUGACCUCAGAUCAGCUGUGGCUCCAGGUGAAAACAGUUCCUUACCUGUGUGAUGCAGCUGAGCUCUGUUGGACACAAACAAAUCGGAAAAAGGUGGUUAGUUUGAGUUAAAAUGCUCCACAUUUUAGGAAAAGAUUGUUUUUCUUUGUUAAAUGGGGUUGUGUGGGAUAUUUCUGAGCUUUCAACAUCUUCCCUGCAGUCUGGAGUUGUUCCUUAUCUAUGAUGCCCCAUUAAUACUGAAUCAAGACCACACAAUAAUAAUGAUACGAAAAUCAGCCAGAAUUUGAAUCAUGGGGUCUUCAUACAGUUUUGACAAGGUCCUACAGGAUCUUGGAUGUUCUUCACAGGGUCUUGGGUAGUUUUGGAUGGUCCAUCCAAAGUCUUGUAGGGAUCUUGAAAGUUCUUUAAGAGGUCAUAGCAAGGUCUUAGAUAUGUCUUAGAUAGUCUAUUCAAAGUGUUAUUGAAAUCCUAGAUGGUCUUCAUGGUAAGGUCUGGUCAAGGUCUUGAAUGGCUUUUCCAAAGCUUUAAUGAGAUCUUGGAUAGUCUUUAUAUAAUCUUGGUGAGGUCUUAGUUGUGGAUAGUCUAUCCAUAGUCACUUUGAGAUUUUGGAUGUUUUUUAUAGGGUCUUGAUGAUUUCUUGGAGAGGUCUUGGAUGGUCUAUGCAAAGUCUUAUUGAGAUCAUUAAUGGUCUUUAUGUGGUCUUGGUGAGGUCUUAGCAAGGUCUUGGAUGGUCUUGAUAUGGUCUCAAUAAGGUCUUCUAGUGUUUAAACAUGCACAGACACAGAGAAGGUCUGGCAUUGUAUUUAUCAACAAGGAGGAGGUGAAAUUCUUCUCAGAUGUGUGACCUGCAGAUACUCUUCAUCUGCAGAAGGUAGUUUUCAGGCCUAAAAUUUAAAUUGUUGUCCUUCAUUCAUCUUGAUUUUAGCAUAUUUUGAGGCUCCCAGGGUUAAAUACAAAGACUGGACUAAACAAGAGGGAUAAAGCAGUCAAAUAUUACAGGAAAGUGACUCUUCAGAAGAACAGUUAGGUUUGGUUUAAAAUUUUUGUUUGUUACUUUAGCGAUUAUCUGUCUUAAUCUCUGUAAAGCUUUGAGUUCGGUUCAUUUUAGAUGGUAGAAAUUCACUCUGACUGGCUGUUAGCUUGACUCCAGCUUGACUACUUUUUACUGCAGGUUGGAUAUUGACAGCUCAGCACUAAUCCACAAAAACCCACUUCACAAUAAACCAUCAGUUUGCCUUAUCUCGUGUACUCCUAAUAUUCUCUUUUCCUCCUUUUCCUCUGCAGCCAGCCUUUGACCUCUUCCUUCUCUCCCAUCCUCACAUUCUUGUCUUUGCAAACAUUGUCCUUUCUUUCCUCCAUCAUUCCUCCCCUUCACGUUCCUCUGCAGUCAUUGACUGUUACCAUCAGAGCUAAAGUGCUGCUACUUAAAACUCCACAGACUUUGCUGGUUUUGUCAGCGUUGAUCUGACUUGGAGUUGUAUGUUUCCUGUCCUCUCCAUUCACCCCCUUCCGUUCAUCUUGCGAUUCAAAAUGAAAGCCCCCCAACCCCCUGAGGUGAAAGUUGAGCGUAGCACAUCUUUGGCUGAGAGCGAUGCUGAGGCCUCAGUGGAAACUGCAAGGUGCAGUUUGAGACAGGUGUGGAGUUACAGCGACUCUUUGCCACGGAGCCUGUGUGGAGGUGGACUCGGAUACCGAGGCCAUGGCUAGCGAGGGCUUCAAACUGGGAUGCAUCUCCUGUAAGAAGAGAAGUGAAGUGCCCUCUGUGGCGGUCGUCAACUGGUUCUUCAAGGGUUCGGACGAGGUGGAUUACUCUCCUCUGUACACGUAUGAAAACAAACAGGGCGAGGUCCUGGACCCUCGCUUCUACGAGCGUCUGGACUGGAACGGCAGCAAACAGACCCUGGACCUGCAGGACGGCUCCAUCUACAUCCUCAAUGUGACCUACAACGACACGGGAACCUACGUGUGCACCUUCGAACGCACACUCAUGUACUCCAACUACGAGUUUCAAAUCAACACCACCAAGCUGAUCCACCUCAACGUGGUGCCAAAACUAACCAGAAGCAUGGCGUCCAUCCUGUCGGAGGUGAUGAUGUACGUCUCCAUCAUCGGGCUGCAGCUCUGGCUGGUUGUCGAGAUGAUUUACUGCUACAGGAAGAUCUCAGUGGCUGGAGAAGAAGCUCUGAGGGAAAGCGAGGCCGAGUAUUUAGCUGUAGCUUCGGAAAGUAAAGAUAACUGUGCAGGUGUCCAAGUUGCAGAAUAACCUGGGUUGCAGAAAAAUCCAAAACAUCAUCCCUGAGGAACUCCGAUCCAGGAAGCUUUGAAAAUCUGACUCUGCUGAAAAGGACUGAGCUGCGCUUCGACAGGAGGAACCAAACGAAGCAUCUGGUUCCACAGGAGGAGAGCUGAGCUGUAAAUAGGCCUGUAAACACAUACAGUUUUCCACUGUGUUAUCCAUAUAUGCAUGCUGAGGAACACAUCUGAUCUCUAAUGUUCUGUCACUUCUCCUUAUUAACCAGUCUUUAGGUUUAACUCGCUGUUGUGCAAAUUUAAAGAAAGCAGCUGAGUAUCCUGCAGAGAAUCAAACAGUGGACAUUCUAACUAUAAUUUAAAAAAAGGAAUUAUAGUUAAAAUAUUGCAUUAAUUCUGCAUGUUUGAUAACCUGAACUCAACAAAAUGCAGAAACCAUUCCUGCCUUCCAGGCUUCAACUCUUCCCACCAACGCUGUGACUAUUCCCAACUAUUAAAGCUGUUCUAACUGAGGAUAUGAAGCCAUGAA